UAGGUCUGAACUUGUCAACAAGAGAGGCCGACGGACAUGGGGAAGUCUUCCUGAACAAAACGUCCAAAAAAUGGCACCUUUCUGAUGUUUUUUUAACCCUUUUAAGUCUUCAGUUUUUCAAAUAAUUCCCAGCACCUCCGAGGAGAAGAAUUUUCAUGAUGACCAUCACGUUUAACCUCCCUGUCCUUCUAGUUUUCACCAUAGCAGCGUGCAGCCAUUUUGAACCAGCCCUCUGCUCAGCCCGCUGUGGGCACUCUCUCCAGGUUUUAGACUCUAAAGUUGGAGAGAUCAGGAGUUCAGCUUACCACAGCUGGUCCUACCGCUUCGGCUCAACAUAUGACUGCUGGAUCAUCAAAGGAGCAGAAGGAGAACCUAUUGUCUUAAGUUUCUCCCAGUUCUCGGCUCGCUGUCGGAAGGAAUGGGUGACGAUAAAAUCCUCAGCUGGUGGAGAUCCCAUCGUCCUUUGUGGCUCCAAACUGCCACCGCCAAUGGAGUUCCCAGGGGGAAAUAUUUCAGUGACGCACCACUUCUUCCCACAUCAGUUCCCUGUAUCGUCUUUUCUGCUGAACUAUGCCAGAGAUUCUGGUGAAUGCCCAGAAACAUCCUUUGAGUGCCUUGGGGGUCGCUGCCUUCCUCUCUCUUGGCGUUGUAAUGGUCAGGUAGAGUGUCUCCAUGAAGCGGGCGGCCUCGGCACAGAUGAAGAGGGCUGUGAAUUAGAAGAAGAAGACACACAAGAACCUCUCUUAAAGUUCAGCACCACACAGGCUGAAGAUGCUAGAGCCAAGCAGAACGUGGAGAGGAACAACGACAGAGACUCAGAGAGGAGUACAACUGAUGAUAAGACUCCUGAGAUCAGUUCAGAGUCUGAUUUGUGGGACCUGUUCAAUGAGCGGACAGAGGAAGAGGCGCAGCUGGAGCGAGAGCAGCCACAGACUCACAGAGAGCCGGUGGUGACACCCGCUCCCAUUGAGUGGCCCUGCGGUGGGCUCCUCCAGACCUUCUAUGGGACCUUCUCUCCUCCGGCAAACCACGGUCCGGCGAUGUUCUGCGUCUGGACUCUGGAUCCACAGGACUCGAGGCCCCUCAGACUUGACCUGCAGCAGCUGGUUUUUGGGCCUGGGGACCGGCUCACUGUGUACAACAGAGAGCAAGGAAAAGGAGACGUUAUUAAAAUUAUCACCAGCGCCUCCAACUACAAGUCAGUCCAGGUUGAAUCCCACACCGGCGUGCUGUCGAUGACAUACGAGACUCUUCCAGGCUCUGAGGGCAGCGGUUUCAACGCCACCUUCCACGUUGGGACCUACUGUCCCCCCUGGGAGGGCCGCUGUGGGGGGGCAGCGGGAGGUUGCUUCACACAGGAGCAACGCUGUGAUGGGAAGUGGGACUGUCCCGAGACUGGGAAGGACGAGGAAGGAUGCAGAGGCUGCAGCCUGAGCCAGUUCGCCUGUGGGGUGGCGGGGCAGAGAUCUUUGGCGUCUAGUCACUUCGCUGGUAGACCGGUCUGCUACCCGGUCUCAGAGCGAUGUAACUACCAGCUGUACUGCGCCGACGGCAGCGAUGAGAGGGACUGCACUGUGUGUCAGCCUGGGACCUUUCAUUGUGACAGCGACAGGUGUGUGUUUGAGAGCUGGCGCUGUGACGGCCAGGUGGACUGUAAAGAUGGUACGGAUGAGCUCAACUGCACAGUCAUCCUGCCUCGCAAGGUCAUCACCGCGGCAACAGUGGGAAGUCUGGUCUGUGGGCUUCUGCUGGUCAUCGCGAUGGGCUGCACCUGUAAACUGUACUCACUCAGGACCAGGGAGUACAGCUUGUUUGCUCCAAUCAGCCGUCAGGAAGCUGAGCUGAUCCAGCAACAGGCUCCUCCCUCCUACGGUCAGCUGAUUGCCCAGGGCAUCAUCCCCCCAGUGGAGGACUUCCCCACAGAAAACCCCAACGAGACCUCGUCUCUUUCCCUGAGGGGAAUACUCCAGCUCCUCCGCCAGGAUGCCGCAAACUCACCACACCGCAGACGUCGGCCCCGAUUCGUUCGCCGGGCAGUCCGCCGCAUGAGGAGGUGGGGUCUAAUCCCCAGACCUCCCCCCAGGCCGAGCCAGGCGUCAAGCUCCAGUCAGCAGCAGACGGACUCCGCUCCAGCUGGUCAAGAACCAACCAACUCCACCCCCACAAGCUCCUCGUUGGCGGUGGAGGCGGUCAACCAACCAGUGCCUCAGAAACUCGGCCUGUUGGUUCAGACGGAGCAACAACAGCAGCAGCAGCAGCAACAGCAACAGGAAGCGCCGCCUCCUCUGCUCCCUCCCCCAGCCGUUUCACCACCACCGCCUCCUUACGCUCCCCCAGCUCCACCCUCGGCCACACCUCCAGUCCCCCCGAGCAGCCCCUCCUUGGCCUCCAUCUUCCACACGUUGGGGCUGAGUAUCUCCCUCUUCAGAGCUUCGCCUUCCUCAUCCUCUUCUUCCUCGACUAACUCCAUGCCCCUCUCGGCUUCCCCUUCCUUCUCCUUGUCCUCUUCAGACGACGAGGUGCUGCUCAUUCCUCUGACAGAGGACACCAACUCAGAGGACGACGUGCCCAUGCUGACCUGAGUGACUUCCCCCUACAUCCUUCCUUACUGAUAAUCUUCAACCAUAUUUAUACGGCAGCCAUUUUCCUCUGACACCAUAAUAAUGGGGGAAUUCCAGGUUGUAGUGCUGCAUCUUUUACUUGUACAGGGUAGAAUUACAAGGAGUUUGACAAUUAUUUAUCACUUUCACAUUAUGUGGUUAGGAGGAAACUAAAAAGACAAUAAAUUGUGAAAAUCUGAAGGCACAUCAACCAAACACCAUCGGAUUAUCCAUUAGCUAUAAUCAGAAAUUUAAAAUGUAAAACUUAAGUUACUCCUACUGUAUAUUUCCAUUAUCAAGAAAGUGAGUGAAUGCUAACAUUACAUUUAACUUAAACUGAGCGACUAUCUGAAAGACAUGACUUGCCACCUGUUAUAAAGGCAUUAAGCAGUAGAGUUGAAGCAGCUAAAUGCUAGUGUUAGCCAUUGUUAAUCAAUUAGCCUUUAUCAGACAAAUGUUUUUAUGCUGCUCAAAUCAUUUAUUAUAAAAACAAAACUGUAGCCUUAGUAUUAAACCUCAUUUAAGCUUACAUUCCUGUUUGCAAGGAAGUGGAUGCUAAUGUUUCUUUUGGACCAGGUAAUAAAUUCUAAUAGGGAAUGCUUAUUUUGAUAACGUGAGUAUUUUGUCAUCAAGUUUAGCUGUAUUUUUAUCUAGAGAAUUAAUUUUGAAAUGCAUUUCUUUUUCAAAGAUAAAUCUUCAUGGCUUUAUUAUCAUAUAUCCUUCAUUCAAAGGGUUAUCUUAGCAUUCAUACUCUUCCUGGUUUAUGGUAAUAUAUCACAGGAAUCAGCUAAAUGUUAGCAUUUGGUAGUUUUUGGUUGAAAGUAACACAUUAGCAGAUAACACGUAACCAUUAGUUGGCGAGUAAAGGCUGUCAUUUCCUUUAGAUUAGGUUGUAAGUUAUGAAACAAAAGGCAUCUAAUUCUAAAUGCUAAAAGUAUCUAAAUGCUAACAUUAGCUGUUGUGUAGUAGCUGUUGGUUUCUAUUAUAUCUUUAUUAACCAAAAAGCUAAAGUGAGCAACAGAGGCUGCUUUAAGUUUACAUCCCCAUUUGCAAGGACGUGAAUGCUAAUGUCUCGUUGAAACUGGAUCAUAAAUUAUAAUAGAGAAGGCUUAUUUUGCUCACAGAAGUAUUCAUCAUUGUGCAGUACUAAUUUUCAAAUAUUUAACCAGAUUCCUUGCAUUCAAAGGGUUAUCUUAGCCUACAGACACUUCUGUGUUCAUGAUAAUAUAACACAGGAAGUAGCUGAAUGGUAGCAUUUGGCAUUGUGUGGUUGUAGGGUUCAUUAUGAAAGAGGAAGCUAAUUUUGCUGACAAACAUGAGUGUCUAAAUGCUAACAUUAGCUGUUGUGUUGUAGCUAUUGGUUCCUGUCAUCUCUUACUAAACCAAAAGCAAAUGUAAGCAUAAUCAUUUACUUAAAAACAAAGUGCAGUAUUUUUUCCAUCAGUAAGCAUUCUUUGAGCUACAGUCCAGUUUCAAAGGUCGAAAUGCUAAUGUUGAUCAUGUUGCUUUUUCAGAGUUCAUUUUUGGCUUUGCUAUAGUAUAUUACCAUCUCAAAGGUUAAUAUUAGCAUUCAUCUACUUUCAAGUUUAUAUAACCAACAGCUGGGAAUGAAAUGCUGUUUUUUAAUUGAUAGGAAGUGGCUGAAUGCUAGCUGACUAAUGGAUGCUCAAACCUGUUGCCACAAAGUUAUGUUUGUGCAUUUACUGUCACAUCUUUUAACCCUUUUAAUACAAUAAUCUAGCCUUCAGGUAUUUCUUUAUUCGCAGUAAAAUAAGAAAACGUGAAGCAAAAUGCCAGUGCUUUAUUAGUUUUAUACGCAUCUGUAGGAAAUGUCUGUUAAUAGCUUGUAGGUUAUUUUUUAUUUAAAACAUCAUCUGAUGUGUCUUAAUCAUACUCUCAUAAGUUGUUAAAAUUCAGCCACAUGCUUUCUAUUGGUGGUAUCAGAUUCAACGUGGCUAAAGGCUUGAAUUUACUCGGUUUUCAAAUUUGGUGUUUUAACUUGACUUAUGGUGGACUGUGCCUCCAGACUUUCACUGUCUGAGGUCAGUUUAGUUGCACUUCAGUAUGGAAAAAUCUGGGUUGUAAUUAUUUGUAAGAUUUCCCUCAUCUGUAAGUCUUUCAUUCACAAACAGUUAUGAUAUAUCAGCGUUUGAGCCUCCUACUCAGCAUGAUUUCAGAGGAAAAAUGGCUGUUGUGUGAACCUGGUUGAUUGAUCCCCAGUCUUUCCAUGUUGGUUUGAACUUUGAGCACAGGAGUGGCCCACAGCGAGACUCACCCGCACUGUGCAAGUCUGGUGCCUUUUUGAAAUUGAUUUGUUGACUUAUGGAAUCAAGUAUUUCACUUUUUUUUUAAGACUUCCUUGAAAAGUUUAAGACAAAAAGCAUGGCUGACCUAAAGUAUGUUUGAGCGUUGGAUGUGCACUUAAUUAAUGCUAGGAUGCACAUUGAAGGUAAACUUUUGCACAGAAGAAUUUUCCCUAUCCUGAAACUGAGGCAGGCUGCUGUCAUAUUGAAUGAAUAGUUUUUUUUAGAGAAUAUGGUGGUAAAUAUUGUAUGUAUGACUUCAUCUGUGUGAAUGCAUUUGCAUAUUAGUCUUACGUUGACAGUGGAGUAUGUUUGUAGAUGUGGAUUAUCUCCACAUACUUCUGCCACCUGUAUCCAGUCUCAUGUUUUAUCACAGGUAAUUAUCCGAAAACGAAUCACUUCCCCUAUUUAAGUGCCUUUUGAGGAGUUUUCUGUCGAUGGUUUGAGGAGAUUUGGAUUAUUCCUGAUACAAUGCACCGAAACACACUGAGGCACGUUUACUCACAUCACAGCACACACUGACACAACAGAGGCUUUAUUAAAACAAAAAAAAAAAAGCAUGUCUACUUUGCAAUAACUCUUUGGGAUACCCCCACACUCAUGUACCUUUCCCAAGUGAAUGUAUGAAACCUAUAAAAGGUAAAGUGUCAAAAGACAAUCUGGUGCCUGAUUAUAGAUAUUGUGAGUGUGUCUGUGUAGUGUACACAGGAGGAUUAGGUGCCCCAGUGACAAGUGAGGGCCCUGAUUUGACAAAAAAACCUCAACUUGAACCUUCAAACCCUUGAGGGGAAUUGAUCAUUCUGUCAUAUUUUGACACAACAGAUUCAUGGUGUGCCAUUUGUAUUAUUGUACAUUUUAUGAUGUUUUAAUUUCAAGUUAUUUCUCUUUUUUUCCCUCUUUUUCUGUUUUGCUUUGUUGAAUGUAUUUGGGUCAACGUGGAGUAGCCAGAAGUUUUAAAUUUGCAAUGUUUCGAGGUAAUAAAAGAGAGAAAGUGAUUUUAAGGUUUAUUAGGGUCGAUUUCACUGUAUAUAAGUAAAAUGUGGCUGAGAUUAAACAAUUUGCACUUUUA